CUAUUUGCUGUCACUGUUGCACUCAAUUGGGAAUUUGCAAUUGACUUGCAAAUUCUUCUCUCCAUUCUUCGGGGUUUUUCCUCUCCAAUUGGGUGCAGCAUUAAAAGAUUGAUUGUUGUGAAGGAAUUUGAAGCAUGCAGUCAAAUUCCAAAGGUCCAAAUCAAAUAGGACCCCCACAUACAGCUCCACCUUCCUCUGUUUAUUCUGAACCUUGGUGGCGUGGUGUUGGGUAUAACCCCAUUUCCACAACUAUGACAGGGGGGAAUACAAACAAUUCUCCUUCAUCUGAAUGUCCAAAUGGUGGUUCAGAAUCCAAUGAUGGUCAGUCACAUUCUAAUGGUGGACUGAAUGAGGAAGAUGAUGAUAGUAUCAAAGAAUCACAAGCUACUGCAUCCUCACAAUCAAAUGGGAACUAUGGACAAGAACAUCAGAAUUUGCAGCAUAUUGCACCCAAUAUACAGAUAGGAAGUUCUGAAUGCCUCACACAGCCUCCACAGCUUGAACUUGUUGGUCACUCAAUUGCUUGUGCGUCAAAUCCAUAUCAGGAUCCAUAUUAUGGGGGGAUGAUGACAGCUUAUGGACCUCAGCCUUUGGUUCAUCCUCAUUUACUUGGAAUGCAUCAAGCUAGAAUGCCUUUACCCCUUGAGAUGACACAAGAUCCUGUUUAUGUUAAUCCAAAGCAGUACCAUGGGAUUUUGAGGCGAAGACAGUCCCGUGCCAAAGCGGAACUUGAAAAAAAGUUGAUAAAAGUCCGAAAGCCAUAUCUGCACGAAUCCAGACACCAGCACGCCCUUAGAAGGGCAAGGAGUAGUGGAGGCCGUUUUGCAAAAAAGAAUGCAGCUGAAGCUUCUAAACACGCUUCUGAAGAAAAGGUCACAGCUUUAGGCUCAGCCCCUUCACCACAAUCUGUCAGUUCAUCGGGUUCAGAGCGGUUGCCGUCUGACUCUACUGAAACCUGGAAUUCCUCCAGUAGACAGCAAGAAGCAAGAGGGCCCCAAGCACAUGACACCCAUGAACCACCCAAAUAUAAAAAUGGCAGCGGCUACUACCAAAGUCCUGGUGACUCACAGACAACAAAUCAUUCACACACUAGUGAGAGAGGGGAGGAAGACCAGCAAUGGAAAAGCUUCUCUGCUGACCAGGGUUCUCAGAGGCCCCAUGCCUUCCAGUGAGCCCCCUGGGAAGCCCUUGGUCAUCUGGUUUUUAUCCAAGGCAAAUGAAAAUAUUCUCGGCUUUUGUUUGCUGGGCGGCAAAUCAUUCUUGGCUUUGCUUUUGUGCCUGCAGUGAGGGGGAAAAGAGGUUACAAGGAAAUGAGUUGAUGGGCAUUGUAGCUUAUUUUGAUAUCUGAUAGAACUUCACUCCAUUCUUCCCAUAAUACUGUCUUCUGUACAAAAAAAGGUGGACGAACUCAAGUAGGAUAAGUAGGAACAAUCAAUCUGUAGGGACAUUCUAAGCAAUCAGACAUCAUUCUGUUGAUCCAUAUGAAGACCCACAUCUUUAACAAAGGCUUGGUUUCGGUCUGUCACCUAUGCUGGUUAGACUG